UGGGCCAAAGGGGCAAACAGGAAGUGAUGGAGUGUGGAGUCAUUUAUAGGGAGAAGACCUGGAAUGGUCCAAGUGUGAGCCAGUACAGAGGGGUGUACGGGAGUAUCUUAAAGUUGCUCUUUUGAGAAGCUUUUGUUUAGCUGGUAACAUUUCAUUUCUGGUUUUCUAGUUGAUUUGUUGUGUGGUGAUGUAGCCAGAGAUGUGUUUGAUGGUUGAGAUAACAUAAUGGUGUUUAAUUGAUUGUCAAUUAACUUUGGUUUGUCUUGUAGGAGGGGCUUCUGGUAUAAAGGAAGGAGGCAGAGGCCCCUGGAGAGAACAGCUUGGGCCUGGAAGUGCACAUGUGCUGGAGCCCAAUAGUCAGGGCUGAUAUAGGUUUUGCUUUGUUUUGUGUAAUCUCAGUUUGUAAUGAUAAUUUGAAUAGUAUAUACUUAGUUUUCUCGUUGUUUGUUUUUGUUAAUUUUUGAUAUAUUUUUACAAUACCUCACUUGCACAACUGCACUUUCCACGCAUCUGGUUUAAAAAUAAAUUGAAGCACCAGGUGAAGAACUCAUGUCCAUGUCUCCUCCUUCCACCAUGGGGCUAAACCUUACAUGUGGUGUCAGAAGUUAAAACAAGCUGGGGAAUGCCUCCCAAAAAGCUCCAACAGCAGCAGAUUGAAGUUGAAGAGGAGGAAGUGGCGACAGGAGAUGACGAUGGCUCCCAGUCAGGAGAAAACCCUGGUACGUCUGUUGCGUCUAGUCUUGUCUCCUUGGCCAAGAUGUUUGAGAGUUUCAUGCAACUGCAAAUGGACAGAGAUAAAAGACAAGAAAAGGAAGCUGCAAAACAGGAACAGAAAUACAGUGUGCUGAAUCAUCAAGUCACACAACUUCAGUUGGACCUUGAGGCUGCCAGGGGUGGCCAUCAACCAACAGCUGGGGCACUAAAAGGAGAGCCUAAGCUGCAACGACUUUGAUGACAUUGAACAUUUCAUCACGACUUUUGAGAGGUUGGCUGGGGUCUACAACUGGCCACAGCAAGAGUGGGCCAUACGACUGAUCCCACUGUUGACGGGUAAGGCCAGAGGGGCCUUUGUGGCAAUGAACCCAGCAGAUACAACGAAUUAUGGCUUGUUGAAAGCUGCAGUGCUGAAAAAGUAUGAAAUCAAUAGAGAAACUUACCGUCAACGAUUCCGCUCUUAUGACACACCAGCUGAGGAGUCCCCCCAAGAACUGUAUACCCGACUCAAAGACUCUUUUUGCAAAUGGGUCCAGUACGACACCUGCAGUAAAGAGGAAAUGAUGGAGAAAAUGGUCCUGGAGCAGUAUUUGAAGAUGCUUUAUCCAGAAGCGAAAGCCUGGGUCAAGGAGCGUGAUCCAACCACUGCUGCAAUGGCUGCUAAACUAGUGGAUGCCUAUGUGUCUGCUCACAAGGGACCAGGAUUUUACCGCUACGCAGGACAACGCAGACUCCAAGGGGGAGGGGCUUCUGGUAUAAAGGAAGGAGGCAGAGGCCCCUGGAGAGAACAGCUUGGGCCUGGAAGUGCACAUGUGCUGGAGCCCAAUAGUCAGGGCUGAUAUAGGUUUUGCUUUGUUUUGUGUAAUCUCAGUUUGUAAUGAUAAUUUGAAUAGUAUAUACUUAGUUUUCUCGUUGUUUGUUUUUGUUAAUUUUUGAUAUAUUUUUACAAUACCUCACUUGCACAACUGCACUUUCCACGCAUCUGGUUUAAAAAUAAAUUGAAGCACCAGGUGAAGAACUCAUGUCCAUGUCUCCUCCUUCCACCAUGGGGCUAAACCUUACACUUA